AUCACGCUUUGACCUGGCCUUGAAUUAUGAUGAUUGUCAAAUCAGCACUAUUAAAUUAUCCGGCUUUUUGUGGAGAGCAGGAUUAUAACUCUGACAAGUAUUUUGUCGUUUAAUUUUAACUUUAAGGGAAUUAUAAACAUAGGAAGAGAAAACCCAAGGUAUUGUGAUAGCCAGCUCGUCCGUCGUCCGCGUCGUGCUUAAACCUUCAAAUUGGCUCUAAAAUCAAAGUGCAUCCACCUACAACUUUGAUACUUCAUAUGUACAUGUAGCUGCACCUUGAUGAGUUCUACAUGCCACACUCAUUUUUGGGUCACUACUUGUAGGUCAAAGGAUCUACAAAUAACAAGAUUCAAGAGACAGGAAUUGUACCUAAUUAAAAAUGGUAGACAGAACAGAAGAUACACUGCCGAGUGUGGCGGAAUUCUACCGGGACAAGAAUGUGUUCAUAACAGGCGGAACAGGGUUUAUAGGAAAGGUGUUGAUAGAAAAACUUUUGCGGAGCUGUCCAGACAUAGGAAAGCUUUUCAUUCUGGUGCGACCAAAGCGCUCUCAAGAUAUACAGCAGCGAAUGGAGGAAUUGGCAAACAGUCCUGUGUAUGAAAAAGUGAAAAAGGAACAACCCAAUUUCAAAGACAAAUUCAUUCCAAUAAAUGGUGACAUGUGUCUGCCAGAGCUGGGAAUUAGUCAGACUGAUAAAGACAUGCUCGAAAAUGAAACCCACAUAGUGUUCCAUAGUGCUGCAACAAUACGUUUUGAUGAACCAUUACGGGUGGCAGUGGAGAUGAAUGUGCUGGGCGUGAGGAAGAUGGUCUGUCUCUGUAAAAGAUUCAAGAAAUUGGAGGUAUUUGUUCACGUGUCUACUGCUUAUGCCAACUGUGACCGUCCAUACAUUGAAGAAAUUGUUUACCCUACCCCAGUGGAACCUCAGAAACUAAUUGACGCUUUAGAAUGGAUGGAUGACUCCAUGUUGGAUGGGAUCACUCCCCAGUUGAUUGGGGACAAACCAAACACAUACACGUACACAAAACAACUGGCAGAGGACCUGCUGGUGAAAGAGGGCAAGGGAAUGCCUAUAGCCAUAGUGAGGCCAUCAAUAGUCGGUGCAUCAUGGAAGGAGCCCAUACCCGGCUGGAUCGACAAUUACAAUGGUCCAAGUGGUUUAUAUAUUGCUGUGGGCAAAGGCCUUCUGCGCUCCAUGAAAUGUGACUUCAAAGGUGUGGCAGAUAUAAUUCCUGUGGACAUUCCUGUCAACAUGCUGAUUGCUGUCGCUUGGUACACGGCUGUUACUAGACCUACCAAUGUGCUCAUUUAUCACUCCACAACUGGCUCUGUGAAUCCCUUCACAUGGGGUGAAAUGGAGGACAUUGUGAUGAACGUCUGGAAGAAAGUGCCAUUGGAUGCUUGCUUCCGAAGACCAAAUGUGGUCAUUACACAGAACAAGUUUAUGCACGAGUUUUACACCAUGGUGAGCCAUCUGGUUCCUGCCUACCUGGCUGACAUGGGGUACUGUCUGAUGGGGAAAAAACCACGAAUGGUGAGAAUCUACAACAAGCUUCAUCGCUCUAUGAACUGCCUCACAUACUUCACGAUGCAGUCCUGGGAGUGGACGUACAACAACCUUGACAUGCUCGUCAGCCAGCUGUCUCCCGAGGACAGGAAGACCUUCUACUUUGACCCGCGACCCCUGCACUGGCCUACAUACAUGGAGAACUACUGCCUUGGAACAAAGAAGUAUCUACUGAAUGAGGACCUUUCUGGAGUACCAGCUGCAAAGGCACAUCUUAAAAAGUUGAGAAACAUUCGCUACACAUUCAACACAAUCCUUGCUGUUGUGAUAUGGCGGACAUUGAUAGCUCGCUCUCAAAUAGCUCGAAACCUCUGGUUCUUCAUCAUGGGACUCGUUAUGAAGUUUGUGAAAUACUUCAGAAUAACAAGUACCAUUCGCUCUUGAUUUCUCGUUCUUGUAUAUGGGUGUGAACUUCAACAGGAGGAAACUUAUGAGUAAAAUGAAGAAAAAAGUGCACAUUUAUUAUGAGAAAUAAUAUCUUGUGUCUUUGAAUGGGAUGACUGAAUGGAAGUGAUAUUUGAAAUAAGUCAUAAGUUAGGGCUUUAAUGGAAUAUUGUAUAGUUCUGUUUUGUGGUGACAAUUUGAGCAAUUAUAAAAUCUGCUUGUUGUCUAAAAUCCUCAAAAAAGGUGUCACAGAGUGUUAAGGGUUACGCUUUGUUACAAGCAUGCAUACCUGGUAUAUACAAGUAUAUAUAUGAUAAAGUUCAAUGGUAUUACUGGCCCUGUUGAUAGAGCCAAGGGAAUUGCAAAUCAAUUUGCUGUGGCAUUAUAUUAAGUCAGGGAUCAAAGCUUUCUGUUAGAUGGUACUUAGAUUUUAUUUUGUGAUGUAAUGAUUACACAUAUAUUUCAUAUCUUUCUUUAAGGUUUUAUAAUUUAACACUGGCUAAGUUUCAAGUUUUGGGGCAGUACAUUUUAUAAUUUUGUUUAUCAAAAUAAAAAUAAAUUUCAGUGUAAAAUUUGAUAUAUUAAAGUAUAAAAAACAAAGGAUACAAUUUUGAUUAAGUCAUAUAAUUAAACAACACAGACAUAGAAAACCAAACACAUUUUCCACUACAGCUUUAAGAGAUAAUUGCAUAAUCAUAUGAUAUGAUGUCAUGUUGUUGAUGUUGUAAUCCACUCCAUAUUAUGACACACAAAACUUGCAUAUUUUUUAAUUAUUGUCAAAAUGCAUGAAAUAAAAGUAAAAUUUAUUGAUUGCUGUCAUGAUCAUAUUAACAUUUCAAUUCAUGGUCAUAUGAGUUGUGUUCCGAGAAAACUAAGCUUAAUGCAUGUGCGUAAAAUGUCGUCCCAGAUUAGCCUGGGCAGUCCGCACAGGCUAAUCAGGGACAACACUUUCCGCUUAUAUGGUAUUUUUCAUUUAAAGGAAGUCUCUUCUACACGAAAAUCCAGUUAAGGCGAAAAGUGUCGUGCCUGAUAUGCCUGAGUGAACUGCACAGGCUAAUCUUGGACGACACUUUACGCAUAUGCAUUAUGCCCAGUUUUCUCAGAACACGACUCAUAUGUAACAGGUAUUUUUACUCGUAGCUCCACCAAUAUGUUUCUCAUGAUCACUUAUGACAUAAAAUUAUAGUACAUAUGUAAUUCAUAUAUAAGUCGAUGUGACCUGUUAUUUAUCAAUAUGAUGAGAAGUUACGAUGGUAUCUAUAUGUUUGCACCUUAUAUUGUUUGUAUGUUUAUUCAGAAAUAUUGUUGUUCUCAUGUGCUUGAUAAACAAUAACGUUUAUGGACUCCCAGAUCAUUAUGGGCUUACACUUAUUUGUUGACACAAGCAUUAGAAACAAAUCUAAAGUACACCAUUUAGUAUUGUGCAUGAUAAUGUUUUAUACCAAACAAUUUAAGCCUUGUGAAGAAACAUUUGUCAUUUAUUAAAUUUUCGUUUUCACCAUUUACAAUUAUAUUCAUAACUUGUUUUCAUACUGAAAUAUAUUUUUGAUGUCUCAUGCCUCAGUCAAACUUAACAUAGGUAGUAAACUUAUUUAUCAUCAUUAGACUGUCACUAAUCCAAGACUAAUCCUACGUGAUUUUCUCUUAUUGACCUUUUAUAAUUUGUGUGACUUUAUUUGUUAUUUUGCAUACAAGUUAUACUUUGAAAUCUGAUGUAUGUUUUGAAAAAAGGUAUCAACAGUUAAUACAAAUAUGCCAUUAAAGAAAACCUCUAUAGUGUUAGUGUAAGAAAUUAAUAUUCUAUUGACAAGUGUGUACAUUGUACGUAUUUUUACAUUUUGACAUGUGUUGAAAUAAUUAUGAACAAAGUGGUUCCUUUCACUCUGAAAAAAAAUACAAAAAUAUCCAGAGGCAUAUAAAAAAGAAAUCUGGGGUCGUAUUCCAGAAACAUCUGAAGUCAUUUUUUAAAUAAUUUUACUAAAGUUCAAAAUUACAAUGUUUUGUAUUUCUGUACUAGAUAAGGAAUCACAUGUUUCUUUUGGUUUUCCUAAAAUAACAUUGAUAUAAUGAUGUUAUUUCGAUGUAAUUCUUGAUGCCAAACUAUUGCAAUAGGAAAUGAAACACUUAAGAAAAUUUCCCAAUUUAAGGAUAAAAAUAAAAUCUAACUUAAGAUGCUUCUGGAAUACGACCCCAAGUAUACAGAGGGAUUAUGGCCAAAAUAUAUUGCUAAUCCAUAGUGAUAGUUUAGAACAUGCCGUAAACAUUACAUUAACAAUACAGUAAGGUAUAAUUGUUAUUGUUUCGUUUCAUUUCCAUUCACUGCAAAACCUGUACAAAUGUGAGGCAAAUGUCCAACAAACAUUUGAGUGGUGUCAGACACGCAGUCUGAUUGGAAAUUGGAAACAUUUUAAAGUUAACAAGCUUGGUAAGUUAAAGUUAAUCAGCAACUUCGGAUGGACCAAGAUUCAUCUAAUGGGGAGACUGCUGAUUUCUCAUUCCGCAGACGGCUGUUUUCGUCUUUUGUGGAAUGGUAAUGGUAUGUAUUAGAACUAGAAUUCAGUUGCAUUUCAUGCAGAACAGUUAUUUGUUUCGUUUCUUGCAUUUCAUUUUUGUAUGAUGUAAGAAUUUAUGCUUGUAAUGCAUGACGUAUACACAUUUUGAAAGUCUUGUUUGUCAAAUUGUGUUGAAUUGUAUCAUGCACAUAGUGGUAAUUUAUUUAAAUGCAAGUUAUAUGUAUAUCAAUUUUUAUUAUUGUUUUCUUAGAGGAUACUGCUAGUAUAAGUUAUAUAAUAUUAUAAUAACAUUUUAUGAUGUUUAUGCCAGUGUCAAUAUCCAGUGGUAUUGUAUCAAUAUAGGUUGACUGUAUCAAUACAAAUGGAUUGUAUUUAUAUACAUUGACUUUAUGAAUAUAGAUGGACUGUAACAAUAAACAUAAACUGCAUCCAUAUAGAUGAACUGAGUUAAUAUUUAUCAAAUGUAUCGGCUUAAGUGAACAGUAUCAACAUGGAUGGACUGUAUCUAUAUUGAUGGACUUACUUCUCUUGUUAUACGCUUUAGGUGCAUAUUUAUUUACAGUGUUAUAUAUUUUUAACAUUAUAAAUCAUUUUGAUCUGGAUUUGAAGUUUACACUGUGUUGAAGCGCUAUCCUGUACACAGACGCUGCUGAUCAUGAAAUAUUGAUGAAAUAUUCUGCAGAUACUAGAGUUAAACAAUCAACACUUGAAUAAAGGUUGCUUCAUGAAAACAGUGAUGUUAACACAUGUUUUAAGCAAAAUUCUUUUCAAAAUCAUGUUUUAAACAAAAUACUUGUUUUAUUCCCUUAAAUGAAUAUUUUCAAAUGUUGGUAGUCACCAGCAGUGAUUGAUUGGGGUAGAUUGAAGCUUUGAUAAUUGGAGUAGUCAGUAGCAGUUGGUAACUGGGGUUUAGACGUAUCCUUAAUCUUUUAAAACCUUCUUUAGAACAUUCAUGUUACCAAUAACACAAAGAUAGGUAACCUUUUAGUUUCAUAUAUCAAGUUUGUAUGGCUCCAAGCAAUUAGUGCUAAACAAGUAUUAUAAAAAAAAGACAUGUGAUUUGUUAUUGAUUGCAUAGAAGUAUAUUGUGUACAAAUAUUGAAAGUUUACUCACACAAUAUCAGAAUGUAUGUAUAUUUCUGUGUCUUAUGUGUCCCAAAUUACUUUGGAUUUCCUUCUUCAUUGAGAUAUAACAUGUUUUCUUGCAUCUUUAGACCUUAUGUAUAAAUCUGUCAAGGAAAUAUUUAUCUCAGGUAAAGUUAAAGUAAUAUUUAAAUUAAAUGUUCCCCUUAAAUAUCAAUGCCAAACUAACCAAAUUCAAUCUUUAUGACUAAGGUUUUAAGGAAAAUAACUUUUUAUUACGAAACACUUAACUUGGCAGGCUAGCUCAAUUCAUAGGACGCUGGACUACAAAUCUUAUGAUGUCUUGUUUGAUAUUCCGAUUGGUUUUCAUGGCCAUUCUCAUCGUACCGCUGUUGGGCAAUUGUUACUUGCAUAAGUAUUUGCUUUGUUACUGGUACUCAUGAGCUUACCCAGGACAACUGAGCUUGUUAACUGCUGUGAUAUAACUGAAAUACUGGUGAAAACUGCAAUGAAAAAAUCAAAUUAACUAGCAGAAAUACUUUCAACUGAAUAUGGGGGCGUAGAUCAAAUUGUUUUUCAUUUGUACUAGUAUUUACUAAAAAAUAUUUUACAGAUUGCAAUGGUAAGCUAGCUAAAUUAAGGUUGGCACACUUGCUUCUUUAACCAAAUCAACAGUUAAAUGGAUUUCUUCAUUGGUUAGUAUUUACAAACAUUCAUUAGCACAACUUUUAGAGCAAUCUUCCAAAUGCUGCUUUAUAUUUAUCUCACAGUUUGUCCUCUUGAUUUGUAAAAUAUAGAGUGCACAUGCAUUUUGCCGUCAAUCUGUUCAAAAUUGAGCUUGUAAAUGAAUUUUUUGCUCGAAAAACUCUUGAACUUGUAUGUGUGCUCUUUCUCAUGUGAAUGUAGAUCAGUGAAGAAGUGGAAAUCUGCAUGAUGACAAUUUGAUAAUUGUCAGACUGUGAUCUGCUUGACACAUAAGAUGCACACAGAAAUAUAUCUGCCUUAAGAAUAGUUGCUGUCAAUUACAUUUGCUGGAAGUGAUACUUAUUGAUUUUUAAGAACAGUCUCCAUUUGUAUGUGAUUGUGUCUGAAUAAGGCAGUUUGAGAACACAUUUUUUAGCAAAGUUCGUAUUAAAAUACAGUUUUAACAGACUAUCAAAAUCGUUUUGUCGUGAUACACACAUACAUAUAUAUUGUAUCUUGUACUAUAUAUAUAUAGUUAGCUAUUAUACGAAUUUAAAUAAUAUUAGGUUCACUAUUAUACAAAGGUAAAGUCAUUAUUAUUUUAUCAAUUACUUAUUAUAGAAUGAUAAUUCUGUAUAAUAUAUUUAUUUUUACACUGAGAUAAUUUAAGGUAUUGCAUCCGAAUCUGUAGUAGUAUGUUAAUGUUUAAUGUUGUUAAGAGAGAGGAAUGGAUUGGCAUGAACAGGUGGUUGGCUAUGCAUAUUUAUUACAAUCAGGGGUGACAAAGUUGUCAAAAGGACGUACCUGCUUUUUUGUGUACUUAAGUUAAACCAAUAUAAUUAUAUAUCAAUUAUUGUUUCUUUUGCUAAAAUGUACAUGCUUCUCUAUUAUGCUAACAUGAUUGUAUGUUACAUUUAAUGUAUUAAAACUAUAAACUGA